AUGGCGUUAAAACGAAUUAAUAGGGAAUUACAAGACCUGGGUAGGGACCCUCCAGCACAAUGCUCCGCAGGCCCACACGGAGAAGAUCUAUUUCACUGGCAGGCCACAAUAAUGGGUCCAGUCGACAGUCCUUAUCAAGGAGGUGUCUUCUUUUUGACUAUACAUUUUCCAACAGACUAUCCAUUUAAACCACCAAAAGUUGCAUUCACAACACGUAUCUACCAUCCUAAUAUAAACAGUAAUGGUUCAAUCUGUCUCGACAUUCUGCGCUCACAGUGGUCUCCGGCACUAACCAUAUCUAAAGUGUUGCUCUCAAUCUGUUCACUGCUAUGUGAUCCAAACCCUGAUGAUCCUUUGGUACCAGAAAUCGCUAGGAUCUACAAAACUGACAGAGAAAAGUACAAUGAAUUAGCCAGAGAGUGGACUAGGAAGUAUGCCAUGUGA